GAUGAGUCAUCAACUAAAAGUUAAACAUUCGCCCACCAUUUGUAUCCCUUUAAAUGCACCUGCAUUUUACUGGUUUUGAUCAACCUCAAAGCAUUUCUUCAAUCUCUUGAAAGUAGAGCAUUCCAGACUUGUUGCAGACAACUAACAAGGUAGCUGGAGAUAGAGAUACUGAAUUGUUGGCACUUCUAGAAAUAUGAAGAACCAACUCCAAGAACAGGUUAUUGGAAUCCCAGUCAGCUGCCAAUAUGAUAAGCCAUCUCCUUCAAAUGACUCUAGGGCAAUCAUCCCAAAAAAAAUGGAUUCAACCAAUUAUAGGAUGAACAAAAAUAAUAAGAAAUCAGACAAUUUUGUGGAUGGUGUUCGAGAGCAUGUGAGAUUAGGGCCUAAGUUCUCUGAAACAGUGAAGGGAAAUUUGAGUUUGGGGGCUAGGAUUCUUCAACUUGGGGGAGUGAAGAGAGUUUUCAACCAAAUUUUUGAUGGUAGAGAAGGAGAGAAACUAUUGAAGGCUUCCCAAUGCUAUUUAUGGACAACAGCAGGCCCUAUAGCAGGCCUCCUCUUUAUCUCUACUCAAAGGGUUGCCUUUUUCAGUGAAAGAUCAAUCAAAUUUUCUUGUCCAAAUGGUGAAUUGGUUAGAAUCCAUUACAAGGUCUCUAUCCCACUAAGAAAGAUAAAGAGAGCCAACCAAAGCGAGAAUGUGAAAAAUCCUUCUCAGAAGUACAUGGAAAUUGUUACCAUUGAUAACUUUGACUUCUGGUUUAUGGGAUUCUUGAAUUACCAGAAAACUUUCAGCUAUCUUCAAGAGGCAAUCUCUCAAGUGCAGAAUCCACUCUAGAACUGAUUCAAGUCAUAAGUUUACUCCCUCCCGCCUCAACAAAUGUAUUUACUUGAACCUGAUAAAGCUUUGCACAGUCAAAGGCUUUGUAUAAAUUUUUUUGUUAAUGAGAAAUUGAUCUCCAAUUCUUC